CUCUCCAGUGACAGCACUUAGCUCUUCAGAUGUUUCAUUUUCUGUUAAAUUAACCACGUCUGGAACAGUUUGGAGGCAGGCGUCACCGACGAAAAAUAAUCGCGCUUUAAAGGAAUGAAGAGCAACAUUUGUGCUAUGUUUGCGCCACGAGGCUUCCGUUAAUCGGUAAUUAAAGCUGAUAGCUAACUGCUAACAGCUAGCAUAGCUGUCUAACGAUUUCGCCGGUACAGGCGGACCUCUUUGUCUGACAGGGGAAGGCGUGCUCUUUUGUUAGGCUUUUCCCUUUGUCCGGUCGGGAAAGAGGAACUGUUGGGUCAGGUUUUCAAAAUUAACAGCAACUCUGUAAGUAUUUAGAAAAUGCAAAUCGCCAAAAAAUACCUCACAGAAGGUUUGAUUCAGCUAACAAUCUUACUCAGUUUGAUUGGAGUUCGUGUUGAUAUCGACAGCUACUUAAGCGGCUAUUACUCGCCCCUGAUAGAGAUUAACUUAGGUCCUAGCUCAGCUUACACCCAGACCCCCUUUCAUAGCUUAAGAGACAAUCUUGACGGAUACAGUGUUCACCCAAAAUGUCCUGAAUUGGACUACUUCUUUGCAAGUCGCCGGCUGCUAGACGAGGUAAGGAACCUCGGCUCCCAGCGGUUCCCCACACAGCUGAACGCAUGGCUGGUGCACCAAGUGUCUGCCACUGACAAGGCUGACUGCGGCCCUUCAACCAGCAACGACACUGACACCAGCUCGGGCUUAGAAAGCUCCGGGGACGAGGCCAGGCGUGACAGUGAACACCUGCCAGACAGAGGCCAAGAUGUUUGCCAAACAACCACAGAACUUGGACAGGGGCCUUGUAACGCUGGAGCCUGCGGGGUCCUCAAAGAGGAGAGUGAUGCUAAAGUUAAAGAGGAGGAAGAACCUGUCCCUCUCACUCAGCUGGCUCACAGCUCCACGUUGGAACACGAGAGUUUGCUUGAUGGCAUCAACGCUCUGAACCACCCUUCUGCCAUUGAUAUUGACCAGCAUUGGAGCAAUUUGCUCUCUCUGUCUGUUACAGACCUUGAUGACUUCCUUGUGUCCGGGCGUCUGUCAGACAUUGACUCAGACAUCACCAGUGCCAUCAGCCAGGAUGUCAGCUUGCAUGAUGCCAUGCUAACCAAUGCUGCACCUGAGAGAUCUGAGCCCAGGCCAUCCUCCCAACAACCAAGAACCCUCUUCAGACUGGAAUCUACGGGCUCUUCGCACUCAGAUGUGUCACCAGGAAUGGCUCUGGGCCUGGCUGCUCUCCCCUUCGCUUCAGUAUGUGAUUUAACUGGAACCGGAGCACUGAGUGGCUGUUUGGAUGAGGCGGUGUUUGAUCAGAUCAAUCAGCUUGGUUUGGAAGGCCUGGACACCAUGGACAGCCAACUAAUGGACUGUUUUGAGGGUAUAGACCCACAGGUGCUUGAAGACUUGGACUCAGACUCUGGUCUCUCAUUGGAGAGCAGCUCUGGAGGUCCAGUCUCCCCAGGUUCAUCUGAGAUGUCCUCAUCCUCCAGCUCUUAUUGUGAGGAUGAGUGUGGAGCUACAGGCUACAGCAGCGAGGUGGAGUCAGUACCCCCCAAAUCCAUCUCAGACUACAGCGCCACAUGGUCUCCUGUUGAUCCAAGUGAGAGUGUGUGGCAUGACCACAGCUACUCCUCUCCUGCUCUCUUCAACCCACCAUCAGUGCCACUUCCCCGAAAAGGGAUCAAAGAGGAGCCUCUCAGUGACGACGAGGUGUCAUUUUCAGAUGAGCGAGAGCUGAGUCGUGAUGAGCUUCGUGCCCGUGCCAUGUGCAUCCCCUUCUCAGUCCUGCAGAUUGUGAACAUGCCCGUUGAGGAGUUCCUGGAAGUCCUCGAUGGCCACGGCUUCUCCCCUGAACAGGUGACCCUGCUGCGGGACAUCCGCAGACGGGGGAAGAACAAGCUAGCAGCGCAGAACUGCAGGAAACGUAAAUUAGACGCCAUCACAGGGCUCCAAGAGGAGGUGGAGAGGCUGCAAGCCCAAAGAAACCGUCUUCUGAGGGAGAAACAGCUUACAGCCAAGACAAUGGGUGCUGUGGGCCAGCAGAUAAAGCAGCUGACCAGAGACGUCCUGGCCCGGCUGAGGGAUGAAUCAGGACAGCCCCUGAACCCGGACAGAUACACCCUGCAGUGCGGGGCUAACGGGAGGGUUGUAGUUCAGCCUGUGAGGCGGCCCGCUGUCUCCUCAUCUACUAGCAACAAAACAGACAAGAGAAAGAAGGAGAAGAAGCAAUGAUGCGGUAUUUCUUGCUUGGACUUGGCUUUUUUUCUUGAAUAUUUCUGAACUUAUUUGCCUGACUCUGGUUUUGGGAUCUCCUCUUCUGUAAAAGUGGGUGUUGAUUCACCGCUGUUGGGAGCCUAAAUCUGCAAAAGCUGCAAAAAGAAAAAAAAAAUCUGAACAUUCAAGAAAAUCUAUGUAAAUAAAACUCCUCAUGAGAAAAACGUAGCUCACACACUGGACAUUCUUUGCUCAAUGAAGAUGCACAAGUCAUCUGGGGGCAGUUUAAGGGAAGAGUUAAGCUGCAGGCGAUGCUACCAGUCUCUCUUUGUGCCUCUUAACAUGAAAGUAAUGAGUCCUACCUUUACAGACAAGCAUAGACAACCAAACAUGUCUACAGACAACAUGGCCACCAUUGUGACAGUUACUGGAUAGAGAUCUUGGUGGAGGCUUCUAUUUGUUCGUUUCCAUGUAAUCUUGUCCCUCAGUGUGUACCAGCUUAGCAUAAGGAGGGGGUUAAACUUGUAUUUAUUGAAGUUUCUGAGGUUUCUGAAAUGCCUAUAUGCAUUAUGGGACCAUUAAGGGCAGUAUCUUUUUCACAAGGGUAAUUUUAUGUCAGAGUGGUAUAAAUAUUGGGACAUUAUCUAACUGAAGUUUACAGAUUUUUUUUCUGAUAUUUGAGGGCAUGUGCUGUUUGGUAGGAAUAUGACCUGAAAUGUUAAAAAAAGAAAAGAUUUUGUUGAUUUCCUUAUGUCUUGAUGACAUAAAAUAUACCAAUGAUUAAACUGACAAGGCCUUAAUUUGCAUUGGAGAGGUGUUUUGGAUAUGUGUGUUUACAUAAACAACGGAUGCACAUUAUCUUCACAUAAAAAGAGGCUACAAUUUUAAGUUUUGAAUUUAUUGUGGAUAACUUGUUUUAAGCAGUUUUGCUUAACCUUUUCAUUUCAGUUAUUUGAGAUUUGUUGCAUUACACUCUACCUCACACUUUGGUUUAUGUUUUAAAUUUAGGCAAAGGUAAAAUUUUUGAGGCAAACUAAAGCGCACUCAUUUAUAAUACACUUUUUAUUAUUUAGAUGUCCAAAAACAUGAAGAAUUGGAUUUAUGAAAAAUACAAUCACCACUUUUAUUAAAAAAAUGAUAAUGCUUUCUACAUAACUGAGAUUCUUUGAGAAUUGAAUAAAUAUGUCAUCUUAUGCACACUGCAUUAUACAGGAAAAUGUAUGAGCUAAGUGAAUCGUGGUGCAUAACAGUGAAGAGUGUGACUCAUUUUAUUUUGUUUUUUGUAAGUCCCUCACAAAUUUAUAUUUAAUUUCCUGGUUUGACCGAGUUUACUUACUGUUUUUUUGUUGCUUGGGGGCAAAUGUUUUUGAUCGCAUGGUGAUUGUUGAAUGAUGAUAGAAUGAUUUUGCUUAAAGUUUUGAAUGCUCUUGCAAAUGUUUUUUUCUGAUUUAAAAUAAGUAAAA